AUGUUGGAUUUGUUUCAACAAGUCCACAUCAAACUUCCAUUAUUGGAUGCAAUCAAGCAGGUUCCAGCUUAUCCUAAGUUUCUGAAAGACCUAUGCACUCAGAAGCGUGAGCUGAGGAAUCAAACUCCCAAAACCAUACACCUCACAGAACAGGUAAGUGCAGUUAUCACUGACCUACCCCCCAAGCUGAAGGAUCCUGGUGCACCACUCAUCUCUUGUGUCAUUGGAGACCUCUCCAUUGAUAAAGCAUUGUUAGAUCUGGGGGCUAGUGUGAAUAUCUUACCUGGUUCGGUUUUUGAGAAGUUUGGAUUAGGAGAGUUGAAGUCCAUUGAAGUCAUACUUCAGUUAGCUGAUCGUUCUGUGAAAAGACCUCGUGGACUUCUUGAGGAUGUUCUUAUGAAGGUAGAUGAUUUAUACUUCCCAAUGGACUUCCUAGUCCUUGACAUGGAAUCUACCUCAGCCAAGCUUCCCCCUAUCAUACUAGGGCGUCCAUUCUUGGCGACCGCCAAUGCUUGCAUUAACUAUCGGUCAGGCGCCAUGGAUAUAUCGUUUGGGAACAAGAAGCUUCAGCUAAACAUCUUCAAUGCAUCCCUAGGACCCUACAGAGAAGAUGAGUGCUUUGCUCUGGAUAUGAUUGAUGAAGCUGUAUCUCAGUACACUUCCCAGAUCCUUACUAAUGAUCCUCUGCAGCUUAUGAUGUCCUAUGGAGCAGAAGGAUUUGAUGAAGAGGCCUAUACUGAAGAGGUGAACGCCAUGUUAGAUCUUAAAGCCUCUUCUGGGCAGCCUCCCUGGGCUUAUAGAUAUAAGCCUCUGCCACCCUUGGCUACAUCCCCUAAGCCCUCUUCUCUGGAGUCCCCUCCAUAA